AUGGAAUUUGUGAAAUGCUUAAAAGGUACUUCUGAAGGUAAUAGUGAUCAAUAUAAUCAGUGGCGAAGCCAGCGUCGUGUGACUGGUCAUGCAAACGAGCGCCAAAGGCGUGAGACAUCCUAGGAGGGGUCCGGGGGCAUGCCCCCCUGGAAAAUUUUUGAAAUAUAGACUCCCAGAAAUGCUAUUUGCAGCAAUCUGAGCAUCAAAUUUCGGAAAAUAGCUUGACCUAAUGAAGGAAAAGAUGUGGAUAUUUUGGCAUAUUUCAGACAACAAUAAUGAAGAUUAACACAAAAAUAGGAAAUCUGUGGUCUGCAGUUCCACUCUAAUUAUAGUCAUACCGGCAAUUGUGUAUUUCUUUUCGAUGACAAAUAGCUGCCAAUACAGUCAGUAUAAUCUAGAAUAUAGGUAUAUUAUAAUAUGCAGACUUGGUCACUUGGAAAAUAUAACGCAUUACGCAUGAGCCUUGAUCAAUUUCCUUAAUUUAAAAUCAAUCGCCCAAUUUAUUACAAUAUUCAGAUACGGAAAGGAAUUAGGCAUUAUCAGAUGACAGAUGUUCGAGUUGAAAUUUUACUGUCAGUUUACGGGGAGUAUGUACCAAAUGGUAAAUACAAUUUAACAAUAUAUAUUGAAAUUUCUUUGUUUGUUUCACAAACAAGUAUAUAUCAAAUAUGUUGCUAAAUCACAAUCGCUAAAAUAUUUGUGUUGCGUGUUGAAAUGUAUAAGCCUUGCAGCGCUAUUUAUAGAACUACAUUGUUUACUACAUUGACCUCGACAUUGACAUUGUAUUUCAUAUUAUACUAGCGCCUCGAUGCUUUAUACGCCUAUGCUCGGGUUGAAAGCUUAAAUAUUCAAGACAAAAUAACAAUAACUAAAUAAUACUAAUAGCUUAUUUAGCCUAAACCAUUCUUUCUUUGAAUACCACGACAUUUGAAAACCUUUCCCGAUCGGGCAUGUCGAAAGAUCUGGCAUUGGUCUCUGCUUGAUAAACAAUACAUGUAAUAUUCUGCUGAGCAGAAAAUGGUUUUUUCACUAAUUCCCAAACAAUAUCGUUAGUUUCGAGUGAAGAAGAAGUCGACAUGCUUGAAUGACCUGAAGACGUGUUCAUUCAGGCUGAAAGCUUCGAGCUAAGAGGCUGUGAUCAGGAUGUGUUGCCCGUUUAGUCAUGCAAAUCGAGAAUUGCAUGACCAAGGCGUCAAAAACAGCCGCAUUGCGCGUGCGCGAACGUCGUAAGCCAAUCAGAAACCAACAAACCUGAUAUAAAAUAAUAUAGCUAGUCAUGAAAUUCUGAAAAUGCAUGACCAAAACACACAGCGAGCAAACCACGCAGCAAUCACACGCAAUUGUUUUCCACGCGCUUACGCAACCGGUCAUGCAUGUGAAAAUAUGCAGGACCGCUCAGUUGCCAAGGUAACAAAGCCAAAAUCAAUAACAUACGAGAAUAUUUAGCGUAAAUAUCGACCUAAAGACCAUUGAUUCGGGUAAACAAAAUAAUAAAUAAAAUACUUAAGCGUAGAAGUGCAAAGAUAAAGUAUAAUUCUAUUGUAAACAAUUAUACUGAACUGAUUUUUAAACAUUUUUGGGGAAAUUUUUAGUCAUGCACUGCAUGACCUGCAUGACCGCUGGCUUCGCCACUGCAUUUACUCCUGGAAAUUUCCCUCUAACAUAUGUCCUCCCAUGGAAAUUCCAUCCCAUGAAAUUUACCCCUCCCUCUGGAGAUUCCAUGUGAGAAUUACUCCUCCCCUGGAAAUUCCAAAGUUAUUGUACCCCCUCCCCUGGAAAUUCCAAGGUUAAUGCACCCUCUCCCCUGGAAAUUCCAAGGUUAAUGCACCCCCUCCCCUGGAAAUUCCAAGGUUCCUCAACAGGGGGUUGCGGAUAAUAAUUGGAAUAGCCCAAUUUGUGGAUUUGGUAUUGAAAAAUAGUUCCAACAUUCACAAUUUUUCACAUGUAGAAACUAGUAUAGGAGCAAUGGUAAUAAACCUUUAUGUGAUUUUACGACAGUUGCUAUAUAAAGAUAUGCAGACUGUGGACUGAGCAAUUUAUGUGAGGUUAGUGCACAAAAGUGCUAUAUAUAUAAUCUAUAAUGAUCAACAUAUAAUAAAUCCUGAGUACAUUUGCUUAACAAGACAAUUCUGGGAUUUUACAGCUAGGCAGUUCAUUAUCAAUUAGACAUUUUCUAGCACCAAGACCUUGGAGACAGACAUUUAUAUAAUUAAGAUAUUAUAUGUCUAUAUAAAAAACACCUUACAUAUUUACCUUGUUUAUUAGUUGAUUCAAUCCUGAAUCUUUGAUAACACAUACUUUAUAUAAACAGCCUUCAAUAUAAAUCAUUCCUUCAUGAUCAAGGCUCGUUGAGCCUUGAUAUAAACAGCACUGUUUCUACAAUUCGACGUUGUUUACCGAACAAUGUUGCAUCAACCAGAUCCAAUUUUUUUUAAUCCGCGUCCCGUAGUAAUUGUAAUCAUGCAGCUAUAGUCAAUAUAGUUUUAAUUUAUAAAAGUGGAAAGAACAAACUUUCACCAACUGUAACAGUAGAUAAAUGUCAAAAAACUCAACUUUUCUUCCAUGAUGCCAUAUUUAGUUUGUUAUUCAUAUUUCAAUUCUAGUAAUAUAGAUAAUUUCUUAUAUGAAAUAAACUCCUUCAUUGUAAUUGAGGAAAUGUACACCUCCAUUACAAGAGUGCUAUAGGUGUUUCUCAUAAGUUUUACUUCAGCCAAUUCAUUCUUUGGUGUCCAUCCAAUCUGCUGGCUACCUUCACCAGGGGUAAAUAUUCCAAUUCCAUUCAAAGAAAUCUCCUUUAUGUAUAUAAUCUUCAAUCGAAACGUUUACAUGGCAUUGCUCUGCAUUUGGAUGAUAUCAGCAGAUGUGUUCUACUAGCUUCGCGGAAUAAGGUAGCUUUGUGGUGCCAGAUAAUUCUAAUUUCAUAUCUGUGUUUAUAAUAAGAAUUUAAAUUUAAAUACGACCUCUCCACUUACAAGAACACAAACUGAUUUUUCCAAACAUUUGCAACUCCAGCUUUAUAAAUUAAAAACUUUUUACUGCAUUAAGCAAAAAACUUACAUCUGGGAACAUUACUGCUGCGCUUUGAUGGCAGCGGUGAUAAAGGUUGAUCAUUUUUUUGUGCAGCUAUAAUCUUGAAUGACGCUGUUGGUACAAUGGUGUUUGUGCGUAUACAUUCUUACAUAAACCAUCUUAUCAUUAACUAUAAAUUUGUGGAUACUGAAUUUGGUAUAUGAAAACCAAUAUGAAUUUUCACUUUAUAAGAGUCACUCGUCACUUUGCUCAAUUCCUUGUAGAAAUCAGUAAGAAAAUAACUAUGGCCAUUUUAUGCGAUUUGUCUUAUUAGGUCCUGCAAAUGAACAUCCUGUCAUUGCUUCCAAGGCAUCGUUCAAGCAUCCAGCUGGAAUUGAUGUUCUAAAAAUUGAACCUGGAAAGAAUGAAGUUGCUUUGGUUUGUAAUAAAGGAAAUGGUUGCAUCCGGUAUAUUCAGAAUGUCCAAUCCAUCACUGGUGAUAAGUUUGUUGGUACUGUCAAGAUAAUAAAUACCCCACAUGCUUGGAAGCCAGAAAGAGUGUCAGUUCUUCAGAAUUCACACACAGCUGCAAUUAGUGAAUCAACUAAGAUUUUGUUACUCACUAUUGAUGCAUCUCGGAACUAUGGCCAGCUUGUCUAA